AUUUUAAACAUCAAUUUGCCAGAAUCUGAGUUCAGGGUAGCUCAUCGCGGGGCUUAUCUUAUCUCCGGUUGAUGUCGUCACAAGCUCCGGGAGCUCCCAUUCUAAUGAGUCGACUUCACCCAACAGAUGCAGCCUGUCUUUGAAGCAUCACACUCAUCGCAUCAUUGAUAUUCAUUAACCCGCCGUGACCUCGUGAAGAACCGUAUUGCCUGAAGCUUCCAUAUACCCUGUAGCAUAGUUACUUUAUCUUUUACCGACCACAUCACUUAUAUCUUCACCGUAUCGCCCCUCCAAGCUCUCGUGCUUAGCAAGCAUUCUUUAUCUGCCUUCAUCUCGACCUUCACACGAUUCACCAGAUCUCAUCCACUUGAAACAUGGCGCCUCUCGAGGGUGAGAGGAGUUCGCAACCGCUCUCAGCGGAUGUAAGUGACGAAGAGAACCGUAACGAGAGCACACGUGAAUCAUCGGAGUCACCGGCUUAUUACUGGCCAAUGGACGAAGACGAAGCCGAGGACGAGGAAGACCCAGACUACGAGGAUGAACCCGUUGAAGAAGAUGAAGACGAUCUUCAAGGUACUCGUGACAUUGAAAUAUUGCUAGAGAAUGGAGGUGAUGACGACGAUGAAGAGGAAGACGAGGACGAGAUCGAAGGUGUUACUGACACUCAACGACUUGUAAACAUUGUACGGACCGGUGCUAGAACAGGACUACUAACACGGAGACAACUUAUUGCCUUGAUGCAGAGCCCCGAUCUUACCAGUGUUUUAUUCCAAGAUAAUCCAGGGGAGGACGCCGAGUUCUUGAAUAACUGGCCUUUCAAUCGGCGUCUCACACCCAAGGACCCGGAUCGCUUCCCGAAAGUGCCAAGUGAGCAGGGCUUGAAGCUUAUGCGAUCAGGAGCAUUUGGUGCAAAUGACUACAACCCCAGAGCAAAGAGGCACCUUGCUGUGAGGAUACUCGAGCGGGAGUUGGCCCUGGGGAACCGCGAAGACCGGAUACGAAAUAAUGCUCUUAUCAACCAGGCAUGAGCCCAAAUCUUUCCAUCAAGACGAGUUGACUGACAGCGUCCAGAGCCUGCUACCAAAAUCAAGAGCCGAGAAGAUCAUCCAUUUCGAUGACCCCGUGUAUUCCGGACAGUUUUCGGACGAUGGAAACUUCUUUUUCGCCUGCUCUCAAGACUUCAAAGUACGAAUGUACGACACCUCCAGCCCAUACAAUUGGAAGCAUUACAAGACAGUCAGCUACCCAUGGGGACAAUGGACACUCACAGAUGCAUCAUUGAGUCCCGACAACAAAUGGCUCGCGUAUACUUCAAUUCAGAGUAUGGUCUCCAUAGCUCCGACAGAUCCAAAUGAUACUGGAGAUCCCUAUACACUGGAUUUAGACAACGGCCCGUCGCAUGGAUGGCACGGGCGGCGCGGCUUCGGUAUCUGGUCUGUCAGGUUCUCAGGCGAUGGACGAGAACUGGUGGCUGGAACGAGUGCGGCCUCCAUCGUGGUAUAUGACAUUGAGUCUCGGAGAGUUCUUCACCACGUUCGUGGUCACUCGGAUGAUGUCAACGCCGUGUGCUUCGCUGACAAGAUGUCACCGCAUAUUCUUUACUCGGGUUCCGACGAUACAACGAUCAAGGUCUGGGAUCGGAGAAGCAUGGGCGAUCACCGAGAAGCUGGCGCUUUUGUCGGCCACAUCGAAGGCUUGACAUACAUCGACAGCAAGGGAGAUGGACGGUAUAUUCUCAGUAAUGGAAAAGACCAGUCAAUGAAGCUAUGGGAUAUAAGAAUGGCCAUGUCGACCGAUCGAUUCAACGAACUUGAUCCGACAGCACAUGCAAACACCAGUGGCUUCGAUUACCGGGGUGGCAUAUAUGACGACGAGGACUGGGAUGUGCACCCCCAUGAUAAUUCCCUCGUGACUUUCCGAGGUCACAAAGUUCUUCGAACCCUUAUUCGAUGUCACUUUUCACCCCCGAUGUCCACUAACUCACGAUAUGUAUACUCAGGCAGUACCGAUGGCAAGGUAUACAUUUGGAAUAUGGAUGCGAGCUUGGCUGGAAUCAUAGAUGUUAAGAAAGCUACCAUGCGCACUCGUCCAAUGGAUAAUCGGCACCGCUUCUAUCAUUUCGAUGAACCAGGCAAUUGGGGCACCUGUGUCCGCGAUGCAAGCUGGCAUCCCAAUGCCCCUCUCCUUGUUGCGUCUGCUUGGAAUGGCUACAACAUGGCAAGAGGAACUUGCACGCUGCAUUCGUAUAACGACAACGUGGAUGAUGAAGGAGAACCACCGAUGGGCCAGAGUGUCAACCACUUGCUCAAGGAACAGCCUGAGCUAUACCAGAACUCAACAUAUACAAAUGGACUGCGUUUAGGGUAAGUUUGCAAGAAACAGCGUUGGAUAUAUUUUGUACAUUUGGUCAGUUUAGCCAGCAGUCUUGUAAAGGAUAUCUCUCAACCCCAUGCAAACCGCGCCUUAGACGUGAAAGCACAUUCUUCUCAUCCUCACGGCGCUCGAUCGAAUUCCAGCGUAAGAAGUGUGUCGCGUGCCCGCCAUAAUUUCAUUUAAACUCCGCCCCAGUGAACGUACUCGCAGCAAGAAAAAUUGUUGUGAUCGCCCUCGCGUCCACCCCCGCUGUGCGGGUUUUUGGAUUGUCAAGUCGCCACUAUCCAGAAUCUCUUCAUCGCCUGAUCGUGUGAUCGUUUAUGCGCUACCGACGAGAGCGUGGUUAAGGGGAAUGUGCACUGAGGACAUGUUAGAGGAUGUUACAUAUGAAGGAGAUUGGAUAUUCUACCCAGCUUGACAACGUAGCCAACAGCGCCCAUGAUGAGGAAACCAACGCCAACAGCCUGGCAGAGGCGUAGGAACUCCUUCUGGUCAGCUGCAGAAUGGUAUGUUAGUAGAUUUAAAAGAUGUGAGUGCGCAAUGAGUCGACAUACGCUUGGUGCAUCGUCGCACGAAUUGAACUCCGUCCUUGACGAACUCGGAGGGAACCUCGAGGAUCUCUUGAACCUGGUCGGACAUAUUGUGUGUUUAUGGGGAAAAGAAAGAGGAGUUAUUAAAAUUAGAUGCCGCAAAAGAAGAGAGGUAGCUUCGUUGAGUAGAAGAAAAGAUAGAGUCGUCGAAUUGAGUCGGAGCCGCGAGGGGUUGAAGAAAGGAGAGUGGAAGUUUAAAGGGGACUUCUUUUUGGUGGUGAUCCUAGCUAAUGUAAUGGACAGCACAGCUCUGCUCUCUGGCCUCUCCUCUCAUGCGACGACGUGUUAACAAUUACCUUAUCUAAUUUCCAAUUCGGGGC